AUGGAUCUCACUCUAAGACUCUUCAAUUAUCCUAACGGUUUUCUAUUCCAAAACCAAUCCGAAGUUGGUAGUGUCGGUAGCAACGGGCAUUCAAUUGGUUCAAUCGAUCUUAAUUCUUUCCCGGAUAACGAUGAAUCUCUUACAAUUGCCUCGUCAAAUGCUCCGAACAUUGUCACGGAUAAGUCGAGUAGCGAGAGUCGGGUGGUUUGGGAUUUCGGCAAGGGAAUCAGCCGGUCACUUCCUAUUGAAAGCGACGAGUCGAGUGUCGGUCGAGUUUUUUCGCUUGAGGACAACGCAAAAUGUGGUCCAAAUGAGGUGAAUGUCAAAAAAACGCGUUUCGGAACAGGGGAGGAGCGAAAAUUGCCCGACGUCUGUAACGAGUCGAACGAGGAUUUCGAUGAUGUAGUUUACACGCUCGACCGGCGAGAGGAGGAGCUCGCGGCUUACAUGUCCGGCUUGCAAAUUACGGCGAGCAAGAGCGUUGUUGUGACAAAUGAGAAAAUCAGUAGUAACAAAAAGAAGUCAAAGACGAAGACGAAGAAGAAGAAAAACGAAGAAACGAUCGAUUACACGGCUCUUUUGAUCGGUUGCGCCGAAUCGAUAUCCUCGGGCGAUCUCCCGAAAGCGAAACAAAUGCUCGGAAAAAUCCGGCAGCACUCGUCCAUCUGCGGCGACGCGGGCCAGAGGGUGGCCCACUACUUCGCGGAAGGCCUCGAGGCCCGUGCGUUCGGGACGACCGACGUGCGAAACGGGCCGGGCCCUUCCGACUACUUAAAAGCCCAUUGCAUGUCGGUCGUGUUCUCCCCCUUCCGCCGAAUCCUCAACUUCGCCUCGAACUACAUGAUCGCGGCCCGUUCCGUGAAAUCCGCGAGAAUCCACGUCAUCGACUUCGGCAUCUCUUUCGACUUCCAAUGGCCGAUCCUCAUCCGGCGCCUGGCAUCGCGCGGCGGCGGGCCGCCGACGGCCCUCCGGAUAACUGGGAUCGACUUCCCGCUCCCGGGCCCGCGGCCUGCGGAGCGGGUCGACGAGAUGGGCCGGCGGCUUGCCCGGUACGCGGAGGCCCACGGAGUGCCGUUCGAGUACAAGUCGGUGGCGCGCGCGUGGGGGGACGUGACGCGCAAGGACCUCGAGAUUCGUUCCGGAGAGGAGUUCGUGGUGGUCAACCUCUCCGAGAGGGCGAAGACUUUACCGGACGAGAUGAACGCCGCGUUCGAGAAGUCGAGGGCGAACGUGCUAGAGUUGAUACGCGAAGCGAAGCCCGAUAUCUUUGUUCAAGGGGUGGUGAACGGGUCGCACGGGAAUUCGUUCUUCUUGUCUCGUUUUCGGGAGGCGCUCUUUCACUACUCGGUGGUGUUUGAUAUGUUGGAGACGACGGGUGGGAAUGGUGGGGGUGGGGCGGAGAGGAUGGUGGUGGAGAGAGACGUGAUUUGGAAAGAAGUGAUGAAUGUGGUUGCGUGCGAGGGUUGGGAGAGGGUGGAGAGGCCGGAGACGUAUAGGCAGUGGCACGGGAGGAAUGUGAGGGCGGGAUUUAAGCAGGUCGCGCUCGAGAAGGGGUUGAUGGGCGAGUUGGAACGGAGGUUGAAGGGAUUUUACCACAAGGAACAUGUGAUAGUCGAGGAGAAUCGGUGGUUGUUGAUGAGCUGGAAAGGACGGACGUUGUACGCGUUGUCCUUCUGGAGACCGGCGGGUUGA